AUGGUGUGGGAGAAUACCGGGCGCUAUCGGCCCGGACUUAUUCUGUGGCUUUUUAUAAUCCUAAUUCACUACACUUAUUCUGCCCCGGUAUACGAUGAGGAUACUACGCAAGUCGCAGAAUAUGAAAAUACAGGGUGUUACUACAAUUUCCAAUACUACGACGAAGGAGAAAGGAUAAUCACAAACGAGCCAUGUUUGAAUUGUACAUGUCACAAUCGAAUGCUGAUGUGUUAUCUGCGAGUCUGUCCAUUCACAAAAGCAAUUGGCCAGGAUUGCAAAGUUGAAAAGCGACCAGACCAAUGUUGCCCGGCGAUAACCUGCCCAGAAGUCCCAGUACACUUGCUAACAUCGACAACCAGCGCACCUACAUCGGAAAUCGAUCAGCAAACCUCGACGGAGCUUGGAUUCCCCGACAACUAUGGUUGUACUGUCGAUAAUAAAUUUUACGCAGACGGUGUCCAAAUGCCCGGCAAUCCUAAUAAUCCUUGCGAGUUGUGCUACUGCAUCCGGAAUCGUACGACCUGUCUCAUGCAGGAAUGCACGCUUAAAGUCGUAGGCUGCAAACCUGUUUAUCAUCCAGGAAUAUGUUGUCCAGUCAAAUACAAUUGUGACUACGAAGACAACUUGCUGACAACGACCCAGCCAACUGGACUGAUCAUGACAACAACUCCAUCUCCAAGUGUCGACUCACCACAGUGUUAUCACGAGGGCAAAUACUACCAAGACGGACAGCUGAUUUAUUCAAAACAACCUUGCCAACACUGCUACUGUUUCCAUCGUGAUAUUGCGUGUGUUGUUCAGGAUUGCGGUACUCCGAUGAAGACACACGGAAAGAAUUGCACCGCUUUGCCACCACCAGAAGGCCAAUGUUGCCCGACCACGUACGAGUGCGAAGACGAACCAGCAACACAGGACCAACAGACCGGACUGGAUGAGAACGCGAUACUUCCCACGCAAGCUACCUUACCGGUGGAUGAUCAGCAGACGCAAAAAGUAGAAGGAUUCCCAGGAGCUAACAACGCGAUCCCGCAAGAUGAUAAGGUCACCGGGGUGACGGAUGAUAAUUUAUCAACAGUAAUGGAAUCUACGGAGACUACCUUACCGGAAAGCAAUGAAGUGCCUAAAGAAACUUCAGGAGUCACGCAUGCGGAUCAAGUUACGGAAGCGACUGAAAAACCAGACGUUAUGAGUUCUACUGAUAAACCAAUGACUGGAGUUCCUGCUCGCAGUGAAGAUCAGAUCCCGACUGAAGCUGAUAAGCCAGAGACUACUGUAUCGCCAGGGGAGAUUGCUACUACGCCUGAGGAUAAAACUGUAGAGGACAAACCUGAAGUGGUUACUAAGGUUGGGGAAGAUAAUGAGAUUCCUAUAGUUGAGACCAAGCCGGAGGAUACUUCAGAAGCUACAAAGGUAACGGAGGAAGGUUUGAAGGUUACUGAAGGUCAAGCUGAAGAAAAGCCUGAAGGACAGCAGACAGAAUCACCAGCUUUCAGCCCAGCAGUCUUGGAUGAAGAGAUUCCGACCCAGGGACCUCCUGGAAUUGAUGUCUCAACCAGGAGACCAGUUACAAAGGCUGAAGACAAGGACGCUGUGACGGAAGAUAACUUGCAGAUGACUGAAGGUCCAAUUGUUGAAGGAUUGGGCACUGAAUCUGAUAGCCAGGUCACGGAAAAGCCGGUGGUGACUGAAAAGAGUGACGAGCAAGGAAUGGAAGUGACGGAAAGCUCGGAGAAGAAAGCAGAAAGUGGAAAACCUGAGGAAGAAGCGACUACUGUUGGAUCUACGGAGGAUAAAAUUGAAGAAGAAGCACCCACGAAGGGUUUAGAGGUCAGUGGGGAGCAGAGUUCAGAAGAAACAAGCUCGGAAAUGCCGACUAAGGAAGGAAAACCGGUUGAUUCUUCGGAGGAAGAAGAGAGCAGCUCAGAGGUGUCUAUGGAGGAGUUUACAACUUCCAAGCCAGCUGAAACCAGUUCCAGUUUGCCGGAAGGCGAGGUUACGGAAAAAACAGAGGAGCAAGCUACUGAAAAACCGGAAAGUCCAGUUGAGAGUCAGACCCAAGCUUCUGAGGAACCCAGUGAGCAGGCUACGGAGUCACCGGUUUUGGUAGGUGACGGAGAGAAGCCAGAGGGUGAUGGAUCUACUGCUGCUUCGAUGCCGGAAGAUAAGCCAGAAGAAAUUGAGACCCCGACUACUGAGAGGCCUGAGGAGGAGGAGGAGAAGGAGAAAGAAGAGAAACCAGUUGCUGAGGAGGAAGGAUUGAAACCAACGGAACAGUCGAUUGAGGGUGAUAAAGAUGAGCAGAAGACUGAGGGACCGAUUGUAGGAGAACCAGUGCCGACAGAAGCUCCAAAGGAUGAUCAAGUCACUGAAAGUGAUCAGAUUACUGAGAAACCGACGAAAGGUGACCAGGAGACUGAAGCUCCGGUGGAGCAUGGAACUACUGAGGCUACUUCUGAUGAGAAGACUGAAGAACCUGAGAUGAAACCUUCGGAAGCUCCAGAAGAGUCUACUACUCCAGUGGUUGAAACGUCUAGUCCCCAGGAAGAAUUAGUUACGCCUUUGGAAGCGUCUAGUGAAGGUACUGUGAAACCGGAGGGUUCUGAGGCGACGGAGAAGUCAGAAGAAGCUGAAAUUAAACCUACGGAGGCGUCUGUGACCGAAAAAGCUGCUGAAGAAACUGAACAAGAAGCUACUCCAGUUUCUGUUACUGAAAAACAACCAGGUGAUGAUGAAAAAGAACCUGAAACUUCAGUCAAGCCUGAAGAACCUGCCGAAGAAAGCACUCAGCCUUCGGUGGUGACUUCGGAAACUGCUACUGAAUCAGCUGGACCUACAUCUUCAGAAUCUACGGUAACUGAAGCUCCAACAUCACCGGAAGAUUCUAUAACUGAUGCUCCUGAAUCAGCAACAAAGGCAACUGAAGCAGGUGAAAAACCAGCAGUGACGGAAACACCUGAAAGUGAAGAACCAGUAGUGACGGAAAAAUCUGAAGGUAAAGAACCAGCAGUGACGGAAAAAUCUGAAGGUGAAAAACCAGCAGUAACGGAAGCAUCUGAAGGUGAAGAGUCUCCAGCGACCAAAGCUCCUGAAACUGUUGAGGAAACAGCGGCUACUAGCACUCCUGAAGCUGCAGAGGAACCAUCGGUCACUAAAUCUCCUGCAGCUGAAGAAGAACCAUCAGCUACGACAGCUCCUGAAGCUGCAAAAGAACCCUCAGCAACUCAAGCCCCUGAAUCUGUAGAGGAACCAUCAGCUACUAAAGCUCCUAAUUCUGUAGAGGAACCAUCAGCUACUAAAGCUCCUGAAUCUAUGGAGGAACCAUCAGCUACUGAAGCUCCUGAAGCUGAAAAGGAACCGUCGGUCACUACAUCUCCUGAAACUGAAGAGGAACCAUCGGCUACUGAAGCUCCUGAAGCUGAAAAGGAACCUUCAGCAACUGAAGCUCCUGAAUCUGUAGAAGUAUCAUUAAUUACUAAAGCUCCUGAAUCUAUAGAGGAACCAUCGGCGACUACAGCUCCUGAAUCUCCAGAAGAACCAUCGACCACUGAAUCUCCUGAAGCUGAAGAGAAACCAUCAGCUACUACAGCUCCUGAAGUUGAAGAAAAACCCUCAGCUUCUCCAGCCCCUGAAUCUGUAGAGGAACCAUCAGCUACCACAGCUCCUGAAUCAGCAGAGGAACCAUUAGCUACUACAGCUCCUGAAACUGAAGAAACUAUUACCAAAGAACGAGAAUCAGCUGAACCUACUUCAACCAAAGCUCCCGAAUCUGUAGAAGAACCAUCAAGCACUCAAACUCCUGAAUCUGUAGAGGAACCUGCAAUCACAAAGUCUCCUGAAUCAGUUGAAGAACCAGCAGCGACAACAGCUCCAGAAUCUUCUGAGCCAGAAGCUACUAAAGCUCCUGAAUCAGCAGAACCUGCAGUGACAGAAGUUCCAUUAAGUCCUGAAGUUGAAAAACCUUCUGAAGAACCUCAAAGUUCUGAGUCACCUGCUCCCGAAACUGUAACUGAAUCAGCUCAAGCACCAACGGAACCAAGUGAGGAACCUGCACCAGUUGACAAGACUCAAGAAGAGCCUAUUCCAGUAACUGUCCAAGUACCCGAGGAAAAACCAACCGACGCUUCAUCUCCUGAAAAAGAUGCAACUCAAGGACCAACCGACGCUUCAUCUCCUGAAAACGAAGCAACUCAAGGACCAACAGAAGCUUCAUCUCCUGAAAAAGAAGCAACUCAAGCACCAACGGAAGCUUCAUCAACUGAAACUAGUCCAGAAAGCGAAUCGACUGAAACUCCAGAAAAAACUACCCAAGAUUCAGGACCUGUAGGAAUUCCCGGCGAAGGAAGUUGUCUUGUUGACGGUCAAACUUUUAACAACAACUCAGCAAUUCCACCAGUAAACCCUUGCCAAUUGAGCUGCAAGUGCGUUAGCAGUAUUGUUCAAUGUGAAUCAGUGCAGUGUUCGCCUCCUCCUAGCCACAUGACCAACUGCAUGCCUGUCCACUCUCCAGAGAAUACUUGCUGCCCGAUGUACUCUUGCACCAACGAAGCUUCUACAGAAACCCUUCAGGUGGACAACCAGAUGUCUGAAGACCACACUCCAGUUUACCAAAAACCAGACUCUGAAUCUUCCACAAAUGCUCCUGAAGGAAUAAAACCAGAUGAAGCUUCUUCUCCAGCUCCAGAGGGAUCUACGACUCAAGCAACGACUGAUAGCGAGACUGUUGUUGUCACUGCCGAAGAAGCGGAGGCUCCUAAAGAAGAAAUUCCUGAACCUGCGAAGCCAGUUGAACCCAGUGAAGAAACACCGGUUCUAGUGAAGGAAAGUUCUGCUACUUCAGCACCAGAGGCUGAGACGACUGCCACUAUUGACACUCGUGUCAAGGAAGAAGAAGCCACCAAGGCUCCUGUGGAAGAAGUGACCUCAGCAGCUACGGAGAAAGAAGAAACCGUAACGGCAACUCCGGAUCAAGCGCCAGAGGAACCAACUAAGAACACUCAAUCCGAAGAAUCGGCUCCAACUCAAGCUACGACUCAUGAGGAACCAUCUUCGAAGGCUCCGGAAGAACAAACUGAAGCUACUGCUGUAACUCACGCUGAAGAGGCUACAUCCAAGCCGGUAGAGGAAACUACAACUGCUCAAGAGUCCAGUCCAAUCACUAAAGAGUCAACGGAGGCCCCUCAAGAGGCUACGCAGACACCUACUGCUCAUGAGACGGAAGAAGCUUCUACGGAAGCUCCAACAGAAAUUUCAAAUGACGUUCCAAGUGUAGAAUCGACCACUGCUAGUGAAGCGGCUCAAGAGAAAACAACAGUCACUCCUGAAACACCUGCGGAAAAGAAAACUGAAGCUCCUAAAGAAGUCACUGAAGCUCCAAUUUAUGAAGAAACAAUGGCUCCAUCGGCUGAAACUGAGAACCCAGUUGAGACUACUGCGAGUGUAGAAACCAAGGAACCGGAAAGUACUGAUGAAGCUACAACAGCCUCUCCAGCGAUUACAGAAGGCCAGUCAACUGAAGCUAGUCCAGAAGAGAAACCAACAGAAUCGACUCCAAGUGAAACUUCUGCUCCAGCAGAGGCUACUGAGGCUCCAGAAAUCAAAAUACAAGAUCAAACUUCACCGUCAGUGAAUGCAGAAACUACUGCGGUACCGUCAGCUGAGCCUGAGGAUGAACACAAAGAUUCAGCGGCUGAAGAAAUGCCAUCUACUGUUUCAGAAGAAGCUCAGACGAAGAAAUCGUCUACAGAACCUGCUCAAACUGAAGCACCAUCGCAAGAGACGUCGACUGAAGGAGUCAAGGAAACUUCUGAGGCUACGGAAAGUUCAAUUGAAGCUUCAACAGAAUUGCCCAAGGCUUCUACUGAGGAAACGCUUGAAGUGACGUCACCGGAGUCUGUUGACACGACGAAAACUGCGGAAGAAGUUACUGCAGGCUUAACUGAGAAACCAGGAGAUGAAACUACAGUAGGAGUUGAAACCAAGGAACCAGAAAGUACUGAUGAAGCUACAACAGCCGCACCAGUGAUUACAGAAAGCCAGUCAACUGAAGCUAGUCCAGAAGAAAAACCAACAGAAUCUGAUCUAAGUGAAACUUCUGCUCCAGCAGAGGCUACUGAGACUCCAGAAAUCAAAAUACAGGAUCAAACUUCACCGUCAGUGAACGCAGAAACUACUGCAGUGCCUUCAGCUGAGCCAAAGGAUGAACACAAAGAUUCGACGGCUGAAGAAGUGCCAUCUACUGUUUCAGAAGAAACUCAAACGGAAAAAUCAUCUACAGAAGCUGCUCAAACUGAAGCGUCAUCGCAAGAAACGCCGACUGCAGGAAUCAUGGAAACUUCUGAGGCUACGGAAAGUUUAAUUGAAGCUUCAACAGAAGUCCCUAAGGCUUCUACUGAGGAAACGCUUGAAGUAACUUCACCGGAGUCUGUUGACACGACGAAAGCUACGGAAGAAGUUUCUGUAGGAUCCAGUGAGAAACCUGCUCAAGAAGCGACUCCAACUGAGAAACCUGAAGAAACUACUGUGACUGCAGAAGCUACGACGGCAAAGAGUGAAGAAAAGCCAGAGGUUGACCAACAGGUUCCUGUGAUUGUGACAUCAGAGCAACCUGAAGAAGAAAAGAAACCUGAGGAAGAAGCGAAACCUGAGGAAGAAGCGAAACCUGAGGAAGAAGCGAAACCUGAGGAAGAAACGAAACCUGAAGAAGAAUCAAAACCGGAGAGUACUCCUGAAGAAUCUUCAGACAAACCUGAGGAAGCAGUAACUGAAAGCUCAACUGAAUCGGCUCCAGAAGUUACUGAAGGUUUGAUAAUACCUGUAGCGAUAAACAAAACCGCGAUUCCAGAACCUGAAGAAGCUAAACCAACUGAUGCCUCUGCUACGGAAGGUGAAGUUACGAUAGACACCAAGAUUGGUGCAGAGACUACUGAACCUGAGAAAGAAAUCACGCAAGUUAUGGACCAAACUACGGUGUCUUCGAAGGAAGUUACGAGUGAUACAUCACCAACUACUCCUGCUGUAACGGAAGCUCCGGUUGAAGAGUCUACUGAAGCUCCUAAAGAAGAUAAACCUGAAGAACCUAAGCCUGAAGAAGAGAAACCUAUUGAAAGCAUGACUGAAGAACCUGAAAGUCCAGUAGAAGCUACUUCGACGACAUCUGUCAGCCAGGAAGCUGAAGCUACUUCAACUCCAUUGGAAGCUUCUACUGUAGCUGCUGAAUCAAGUGAGACGCCAGAAAAGACUCCGGAAGACAAAGUAGAGUCGACAACACUUUCUAGUCCUGAAGAAUCUCCUGUAGAUGACGGUAAGUUAGAUAAACCUGAAUCUACGCCGGAAGAACCUGAAGCUAAGCCAGAAGCUGAGUCUAAGCCUGAAGAAGAAACAUCUGCUGAACCUGAGACCAAGCCUGAAGAUGAGAAACCUACGGAACAACCUGAAGAUGCCAAACCAUUGGAACCUGAAGCUAAGCCUGAAGAGCCUGUGGCCAAACCUGAACAACAACCGACAGAACUUCCUGAAGAAAAGCCCAGUGAACCUGAGAUUAAGCCUGAAGAUGUGACACCUACGGAAGAAACAGAUGAUAAACGAGUAGGACCUGAAAGUAAACCUGAGGAAGACAAGCCUGCAGAACCUGAGGUUAAGCCUGAAGAUGAUAAACCUGCGGAACAACCUGAAGCUAAACCUGAAGAGGAACCAAAACCUGAAAAAUUGCCUGAAAGCAAACCAGAAGAACAAAUUCCUGUAGAAACUAAACCAGAAGAACCAACGACAGAUGAAGGCAAACCAGAAGAACAGGUUCCAGUAGAACCUAAACCAGAAGAACAAAUUCCAGUUGAGGCUAAGCCAGAGAAACCAACAAAAGAAACGAAACCAGAGGAACCAGCGGAAGAAACUAAACCAGAAGAACAAGUUCCAGUAGAACCUAAACCAGAGGAACAAAUUCCAGUUGAGGCUAAACCAGAGGAACCAACGGAAGAAACUAAACCAGAAGAACAAAUUCCGGUUGAAGCUAAACCAGAAGAACAAGUUCCAGUAGAAACUAAACCAGAGGAACAGGUUCCAGUUGAAGCUAAGCCAGAAGAACCAUCAACAGAAGCUAAACCAGAGGAACAAGUUCCAGUAGAAGCCAAACCAGAAGAACAAAUUCCAGUAGAAGCCAAACCAGAGGAACAAAUUCCGGUUGAAGCUAAACCAGAAGAACAAGUUCCAGUAGAACCUAAACCAGAAGAACAAAUUCCAGUAGAACCUAAACCAGAAGAACAAAUACCAACAGACCAACAACAGGAACAGAAACCAGACUCGAUUGACCAAAUACCAACCGGACAAGAAGAAGAAAUUCCUCAGCAACCCAUACCAAACCCGACCUACCUCCCAGGUUCUCAAGAACAAGAACAGGAACCAAUGAGCCCCAUCGAACACGACGUCCUCCAGCAACACGUCCCAGAACCAAUUUCUUCAACCCCAGAACCAGACCACUCCAGUUCACUGGCGCCCCCAACUCCCGACUACCCCGAACAAACCGUGACCGGCGAAGACAACCCCCACUUCCCAGUAAACGCAGGCAGCUACCUGAACCCCGACGAAGAAGACUACGACGAAGAUGACCAAGCAGUCUACGGACCAGGAACCUGUCGUUUCGGCGGCAAGGUCUACGUCUCAGCUCAGCAGAUUCCUCGAGACGAUCCUUGCGACUUCUGCUUCUGCUUCCGCAGUGACAUAAUCUGUCUUCAGCAGAGCUGUCCUCCACCAAUUCCUGGGUGCCACGAGGAACCGAUCAGCGGGUUCUGUUGUCCCAGGUACGAGUGCCACGUAUCCAUGGCAACUUCGCUGAACAUCACGACGACCACCACGACGACAACGACAACCUUGCCACCUCACUUCCUGUCGCAUCCUUACAAAGGUGCGGCCAAAAGAAGUGGAUGUCUUAUUGACAAAAAAGCGUAUCGCGUCGGCGAAACCAUCCAGUCGGCUUCUGGGCCUUGCCUCAAAUGCACUUGCGGAAGCGAUGGAAACAUGGAAUGUAAUCCUCAAACAUGCACUCCAGAGCCAAUGAUCAGAAGAAUGAUCGCAACUUCCACUGCCAAGAGACGACGAAGAUGA